UGUUUUUAAUCUAAAUAUCAUGAGUAUCAGACCCAGUAUGUUCUCUGAACAAUCAAUAAAUCGCGAUGCCCCUCUCAGGCAAGGAACCACCGUCACUGCAAGUUUUACGUGCUUAUGAAAUGCGAAGCGUCAAACUACACCGUCCACGUCACCCUGAGGGACGGCUCCGUGUUCUCCACGUGGAUUCAGUACCUGGAGCAAGAAGGGGAGCCUGGGUCGGCGGCCGAACACCUGGACUGCUGGGUGCACGACGUCCACGUCCUGACGUGCAGCUGGCAGGUGGGCAGGGAGGCCCCGAGGGACGUCCAAUAUCACUUGUACCUGGAGAAUGCUCCCGGGCACGGGCCCCGGCUCAUCGCUAAACGUGCCCUUGGUUACCGCAGCACUGAGCAGCGGUGGCCGUGUCCACAGUACACAGCCAACGACCAGGGGACAUACGUCCAGUGUCGCUUCGGUAACAUCUCUGGGUUCGCCAGCACCCAAUACCGCUUACUGGUGAACGGAACCAGCAAGGACUCCAGAAUACGCUGCUCGGAACUCGUCACCCCUUUGUCCUACAUCGAGAAACUGACUGCACCCAACAUGACGGGCAGCUGUAAUGAGUCCGACUCUAUCAUGGAAUGGAAGAUGUCAAGCCACCUAAAUACGAACUUCAACUAUGAACUCGAAAUACAAAAGGGCACAGACGCCCCCUACAUACAGAAGGUGAGUGUCCCCUGCCCGGGCCGCCCUGAGCAUCGCGAAGGGGACGAGCCCCGGGUGUCAGAGCUGGCGCUCCCCAGCCCACAGAGCCAGACGCUGCUGCCCACGGAGGUGUGGAAGACAUCCUUCGUGCUGAGCAGCCCCCGCGUGUACACGGCGAGGAUCAGAGCGCUGGUCUCCGACCUGCCCCCCGGCCAGUGGAGCGCCCCCCAGCGCUUCGUGCUCGUUCUUGCGGUGCGGAGACCUCAGGACCCCAGGAGGCUCCAGUGCUGUCCCUUCCCCCUGCGACACUGUGGCCCCCGCAGGAGCCGGCUGGGGCUGCGUCCGACUUGCAGGAACUUCUCUUCACGCAGGUGCUCGGUGCAGCACAAGCUCUUCCCUCCCAUCCCCCGCACGAAAAACCCCCUCAGCGACGACACUCAGGACGAGAAGAUGAUUAACUGGGAGGGCAGCAGAGCUGGCCAGGAGGAGUGUCCCGUGGCUGACGUGCAGGUCUUGGGGGAAACGUAGAGCUGGAGGGCGCCGAGGCUGCUGGCGGCUGGACAGAAGUUUGUGGUGGGGGGCGGGCAUGGGAACGCCCAGUGCGAUUUUCCUGAGCUGCCCCCAGAAAAACCUAAAUAAAAGGCUUUUUGGCGCUCACGGUGUUC